AUGAAGGUGCAUGCUUUCCUACUCUCCGAAGUAUUGAUUCUGGCUAUUCCCAUCCCCACAUCGUCUGUGCUAACUGCAAGGAAUUCUGGCUCGUUCUCGACUACCUCCAGUUCAUUGCUACCCUCGUCCACUUCUGGUCUGCUCUGCCUCAAGCAUCAUGGCCCCUCUUUUUACCUUGGUUCAGGUAUAACGACCAAUGCUAUUCCAGGACCGACUACCUGUCAUGGCACGUUGUUAAAAAAGCCCACCACGAAGCCAUCUAAUGCCUCAAUCUCCACUCAAGUCACUGAUGAACCCAUUUCCUUUGCAGACCUCGAAAUCCUCUCAUCGGCCCCCAAUAUUAGUAUUGCCAAUGCAAAUUUAACUUCUUCAUGUAACAGCUAUCCUGCUUUAUCCAACUUGGCUGCAAAAAUGGACCCACUCUGCCUCUUGCAUGAUUCUCUUAACAAUCAGUUAAUCAACCAUCCAGAAGCCGACUUUACUGGCUUUUCUGCGAACUCGCUAACGGCUGGGCCAUCAGAAUUGUGCAAAAAAGCUUCGUCAAAGCCAUCGCUGCGCCGACUUGCUUGGUCACGAAAAGCUUGGUUCCAGAGGUUGAAUGAUGAUCAUAGUUACAAUACAACAACUACCGCCUUAUUCCCCGUCACUUCGCCAAAUUCUUCUCGCUGGUCCUUACGGCCGUCUCCUGCCAACCCCUUUGAGACAGGCGAGUUCAUUCCUGUAAACCAAACUCCAUUUUCGACACAUUUCGGAUGCAGAGCCUCAGUUGGAUGGCGCCGAGCUCGGGUUUGGCGAAAAAAUCUUGUAUCUGGUGACAUCGAUAAUCUGGCUCGGACCGACUUCAACGACCUUACCCGAAUCCGUUCUUUUGGCCUACGGACUAGGCCCACAUUCACGAGCCCCUUCAUUCUCGGGAUGCCUCAGCCAACCUGGGGAAGCACAGCAGUUGACCUUGGUAGACUUAGAGGCACGGACACUAUGGAUCCACAAAAUAUCUGCACUUCACGUGCUUUCAGUGCCGAUAAUCCUGAGUUGGAGUUUCCUGUAGCUGAUUUGUCUCCAGUUGCUGGUCGACUUUGCCUCUCUGACGGGCCUUCCUCUUUUCUUAAAUCGACUUCUUUUGCCGGUAGCAUUUUGGAAAAAACUGUUGAUGAACGUCCUUGCCCUAUAUUCUCUACUAUGCCCUUCGAUGAGCCAGCCCAAUGCGUCUCUGCCUCUGUAAGAUCAACUUACCCGCAGCCUCUGCUGCAAUGUCAGCAACUGCUUUACACACAACCCCAUGAUUCUCAUUACUGUGUUCCAGACAAAUGCAGACAUCUUAACGUCUCACAUUCAUCACUCUCUUCUCAUCCCCACUCUUCUCCCAUUCCAACCCACCUCCCAUCCUCUACUUCAUUAUCCUCGUAUUCCUCAGUAGCAUCUGCUGUUUCUGGUGCUUUUGAAGGUUCCUGUUGGUCUACAAUCUCAACCACUUCUACUGGUCAUAUCUUUUUUUCUCCGGCGAAAUUUUUGGUAUCCGACUGCAAGAUGGCACCCAAUUCACGAACCGUCUUUUCUACAAUGACAUCGCCAAUACCUAGUACUAAAACUCAAGCGGUCACCGCUGGGUCUACUUCGCCAAUCGCAUCUGUUUGUUUUGGAGGCUUGAUUGACAGUAAUCAGAUCUCAAGCAGUUCUUCGGCUUCCUGUAAACCUAAUUCUCCAUCCUCCUCUGUAGUUAGAAUAAAUAAUUCCCACACCCGACUGAGACGCCGAUGUCAGGCUACUCUGAAGGUUCCUUCAUCAAUCGAGACUAGUAUCGUCGUCACCACCAAAUCUUCUCCAUCCUCCGACUUAGACUCUAAAAUUCCCUUCGCACAUCGACGCUGGUCGAUGUUGGAAAGGUCGAACGGCUUUGAUAGUGACCAGCGUCAAAAUUGUGAUAUUGAAUUCGCUUGGGUAGCCGUUGCCGAUGGAUAUCUUAAUCAAUUUGUCCAACUCAUCGUCCCAUAA